AGUGCAGCGCAGAGCGCGCGGCACUCCGCUGCUCCCACAGAGUUGAUCAGUGUCCGGAUACCUGAUGGAUGAAUGGGAUGGACGAUCGAUGACCGAUCAGUUAAACCGCACGCGGGCACUCACAGAGCGGAGACUCGGAUCGGUUCAGUAUUGAUUAUCAGUGAAUGGUACGGAACUGACAGCGCGAGCGGAGUUGUGCGCUUCAAACCAAGCAGGACUCUACUUUCUUUAUCCAUCCAUCCUCGUCCUCCGGGAUGAAGACUCCUCUCAGCCCCUCUCAGCUCCUGGAGAGUGGGCACAUCUUUGGCUUUGGAGGGAUGUGUCAAGAGCUGAUGGACACGCCCACACCUACGUCCAUCAGUCUCUCUGUCCCACACUCUACAUCCUUAGGUCAGAGCGGGACGUACUCGCUGUGUGAGGUGUGUAACCUGCAGCUGACCUCUGCUGCUCAGGCCCAGCUGCACUACAAUGGCAGAUCUCACCUCCGGAGAGUGAGACAGCUGCAGGCUGGAGAGAACAGGCAGCAGGCAGCAGUAGGGGCCCAGUCCAGGUCUCUUCCCCAGGUCACAGGGCUCAGUUCUCAGCCUGCAGGACUAACUCCAACUCCCGGCUUAAGUUCAGGCCUCAGCGCUCCUUCCAGCACGACUGCAGGAAGUGGGAGUGGUGCAGUGGGCGGAGCGUUGCCAGGUCUCAUAGGUGCCACUGGUCCCUCAGUCAUGAUGAAACCGUUUCUGCCGUUUCCUGUUGAGACAACGUCACCAGUUGGACUUUUCCCAAACUUCAACACGAUGGACCCGGUGCAGAAGGCUGUCAUCAACCACACCUUUGGCGUUACCAUGGUACCUAAAAAGAAACAGGUCAUCUCCUGUACUGUCUGCCAGCUGAGGUUCAACUCUGACUCUCAGGCUGAGGCUCAUUACAGAGGAAGUCGUCACGCAAAGAAGCUCAAGUCUCAGGAGAACAAAGCCAAGGCUAAGCUGUCAAAUUCUGCAGAAACCAAUGGGAGCGUCUGUAAUCCUGCUGGCCCCGCCCCUCUUGUCUCAGCUGUCCCCAUCCCUCUUGUCUCAGCUAACAGCAGCACUAAUCAACACGCAGAUUUCUUAUCCAGAACCGCAGACUCCCCGUCUCCUGUCAAAUCUUUCCUCCUUCCCUCUACUUCCCCUCUCUCUUCUUCCUCCCCCUCUUCUAGUAGAGCAGGCAGUGAGCCUCCUCCAUCCAGCCCCCCAUCGGGACUCCCAGCUCCAGGCCUCUCUUCCUCUUCAUCAUCCUCUUCUUCCAAAGUGUCUUCCGCUUCCGCUCCUGUCACCACCUUGUCUUGCCCUGCUCCCCUUCCACCUGCACCCUCCCAGGAUGCUUCAGCUUCAGUGGAGUCAGAAGAGGAGAAGGCGAAAAAGCUGCUGUAUUGUUCUCUUUGUAAAGUCGCAGUCAACUCGCUCUCUCAGCUGGAGGCUCAUAAUGCAGGAUCAAAACAUAAAACAAUGCUGGAGGCUCGUAGUGGCGCUGGGCCGAUCAAAGCCUACCCUCGACCUGGAGCAAAGCUGAAGAACGGCAGCAGCUCGGGACUGAAGGGCUCCGGCCUGCAGAACAAAACUUUCCACUGCCAGAUCUGCGAUGUCCAUGUCAACUCUGAGAUCCAGCUUAAACAGCACAUCUCCAGCAGGAGGCACAAGGACAGAGUGGCAGGAAAACCCAGCAAACCCAAGUACAGUCCUUACAACAAACAGCAGCGCGGCUCACUCACUAAGGAGCUGGUGAAGCCUGCGCUCUCACCUUCAUUCCUCUCCACUCCUUUUGCUCCACCAUCUUCUCCGCUCACCCCCUCUCUAUCACUCCCUCCAUCCUCUCUGUCCUCCUCCCCCCUCCUCACACCCACGUCCUCCCCCCUCACACCUGCGAUCUCUAUCCAUCCUCGCCCUCCGGCCUCUUCCCCCCUUUUCACAGCCUCCUUCCUCCGUCCAGCACCUGGACCAAUCAGAGCGAGCCAAGGAUCGAUUCUCUUCACACCGUACUGAUGCCAGCAGAAGCGGGAAGUCAUACCAGCGAACUUUGACCUCUGACAUGCUUUUUGUUGCCACUACGGGGACAUGGGAGACAUUGCAUUAAGACUGCAGGGAUUCAAACCUGCAACCUCCUCACUAAGAGAGUUGUGAACUGCCUCUUGCCGACCAGAAGAGGAGAUGUCAGUUUAAAUAAUCCUGAACCUGGAUGAACGAAAAAACAGAAUAAAAAAUAACAAAAGAGUUCUUUCAUCGAGACAUGUGAAGUUCCUGGAAACCAAAAAAUACAGAAGUUGCUCAACAUUGUUUAGAAAGCACUAAGUGACUGUGGAGACUUGCAAAAUCUAAAACAGAGGGCCCACCUUAGAGAAAGCCAAGUCUAGAACAAAUAUCCGUUUUUAGCAGCCUGCAUCGGCUAAAAAUUGGGCUUUUAACGACACUGAAUCUAAAGACAACCCAGAACUUGCUCCCAAACUCUUACCAACAAAGAUAACAGUGCUGUUACUGAUUUUUUGGGGGGGGUGGGUUUUGAGGAAGUUUGGACUUUUUGAUGAGGCCAGACACUAAAGCUGAUGGGAACAUUUUGAUAGAGAUCCCAGCGCGGGUUCUCUCUCAGAGGUUGAAGAGGAUUGGAGGAGCUGUUCUAUCACCUGCUCGAGGAGCUUAGCAGCACAAAUAAGACGUCAGAAACUCAGCAGACGUCGUCUAUCAUGACCUAACACUACUGCAGCUGUCAGCAUGCCCUCACUCAGACGUCGCUACUCUCGUGUUUCACAUAUACAUAAUUCCUGAAGAAAGUUAAAAAAAGUUGAAGGAUGGAGUACACAGCAUUUUGUACUUAUUGUCAACAAAUCACAUGAAAAUACUAAAACCAGCUAUGUUUGUUCAUCUCUAAAAACAGUUAGACGUCCUGUCGUGCAGCUCCGAAACCUACAUGGUUUACAAUAAAACCUAUAUGGUUUUAUUUAUUAGUGGGGAUAUGGUGGUGUGAACUGUGUGGCUAAACAGGCGGCCUGUUUUCAGCCUCUGCGAUUGUUUAACCUACUGAUCUGUUUGGUGAUGUCAUUAAAACCUUAUUAUUUGGUUACUGAUGUAUAAAAACUUGACCAAAAAUUUCACUUACUUUUCUCCUUAAAAAAGAGCAGAAAUAAAUAAAAUAGCUUUUUAUUCACCUGUUUUUCAGUUCUAAUAUCUCCCUGCAUCCAAACUGCCAGGCAAGUAUGCAAUUCAAUUUGUAAAAUGUUUCUGUUUUUUGCCCCAAAACAGUUACAUUUUGAUACACGUGAGCUACGUAAAUACUAAAAUCAGCUUUAAAAUCCUUAAAAAGUGUAAAACAUCUGCAACUGGUGACAUGACCUGACACAGCACUACAGCACAUCCUGCUCUGUGUCCUCAGUGGCGGCUACAGCUUCACCAAGUUGCAAUAAAGCAGAUAUAUUCUUUAGUGGAAACAUGAAAAGCAGUUUAAACCAGACAGCCUCUCGGAUCAACAUUGUCACAUAACCAUUAAUGGUUAUCCAAAGGUUUGCUCAUCAUUGUCUCCGACUGUGUUUUCUGCUUUCUGUGUGACUAAUGUGUGACUAGUGUCCCCGUGUCCUGUCCACCUGUCUCCGCUGCCUGUUGAAAAAUGAUUUUGGACUCUGGAUGGAGAAAAGGGCCUUCUGUCUGAUUCUUUUGUUUUAUUGAACCUUCCUGCUGUCACUGAACUUUCUGGAGUUUGAAGCAUCUGAGCAGAACUUUUCUGAAAGCUGAAGAGUUGGAGAGACUUUUUAAAACAUUACUAGAACUUUCCACAACCUGCAACUAAGCUCACGGACUCUCUAUCGAUAAAACAAACUUUUACCUACAGCUUUAAUUAAUGCUUCUCUGGUUAUUUUUGUGCUCUAAUUAUUUAUUUUACAUUGUGUGUUGUAUAUAUUUACCUAAAGCUUUUUCUUGAUUUUUCAAUAACUGCUUAAAUUAAGACUUUUGGUCCAUUUAGCACUCUGGUCCAGGGAUGGUUAUCUCAAGGUGCGCGAUGAACCCAUAAGCUUUUAAAGCUUUCUUUGGCCUUCAUAUUAUCUUUUUUCAUCAUCACUCAAAGGUCCACUUCUUGGCUGUUUUCUGAACCUUCAGCUACAUCUCAGAGCUUUGGGUGAAUUGAGGUGUGUUUUUGUGUUUUUCACUUGUUCUUUAUAGUCCAGCUCUGUCACCCAGGAUAAUAAAAAUAGACUUGAUCUAGGAGCAGAGAAAAAUCUGUGUUGUCAAACCCACUGAGUGUGUGAAUACACGCCAGCAUCGCAGGAUAUUUAUCCAGCCUUCCAAGAACAACAGGAAAGUGAAAAUUAUGCCAUCCAGAAGAGCUCAAAUGUCGUUUUUGGCCACAAAACCUUGAGUAAAAACACGACUUUACCCCGGCUCGCUUAAUAUGUGAUACACAGAGGGGCCUGUUUUCUUGGCUUUUAACUUGUUCUAUGUGCUUCGUUACUUAUUCAGUUUUAAUGAGUAACAAUAGUCAAAUCCUGUCUUUAAAUUAACCGUUGCUGAAUUUCUGUGCUGCCUGGUAAACAAAGAAGAAUAACAUUGAGAAUGACGUUCGUUUGUUUUCUUUUUUCUUUGUUGACGGGGUGGUUAUUUAUCUUGUUUUGGUGCAAAGCUUUGAGACUCGAUGAAAAAAAUUAUAAAUUUAAAGUACACUUUUCAUCUUGUGUAUGUUUCCUACAUUUACAUUAUGUUGUUGUCUGGGUGCUACGGUGCUGUCGCAUUUGCUGAUUUAUGUAAGCAUUAAUCGAUUUUUUUUAUUUUUUGUUUAAUUUAAUUCAAUUUUCCGUUUCAGUCAUUCAGGUCAUGUGAUGAAGCUUUAAGGAGAUGUGGUUGAAGGAUGUGGAAAAAAGCAUUUUAGAGGGCCUUUGAGCAAGCAUUAUCACACAAACUGUUCACAGGGUCCCAGAUGAACUUUUAAUGCUUUAAUAUGUUUGUUUUUCUGUCCAACACACUGAGCACUGGAGCCUCUAGAGGGCAGUAGCAGGACUUUUGGCUGUCAGUCUGGUGUACUGCUAGCAGAUAGCUUCUUUUAGCACUUUUAACCUUCAGGUUAUUGUUUUCACAGUUGCACUGGAAACCAGAGAAAAUGUUAAUGUUACUAAUGAUGUCAUGGUGUCUCCUCAUCGAACUGUAUAACAAAUACUCUGAUGUAACGCGAUGUCACAGGAAAGCAGUCAGAUACUGUGUAGACAGGUCUACCUGAGGAACACGUGCCCGCUCAGGUAAAAGGCAGCAUGUGAUUGGUCAGAUUAACACUGGUGUCAGUCUUAAUGACUUUGGAGUUAAAGGAUGGGUUCAUAUUUUAUUUGCAGCCAGUACGGACAACAUUAUCAACGACACUGAGCAAUGACUCACAGACAUGUGAGUGCUGUGUUACAGUAGACUUGAGGAAAUGUGAACCUAUCCUUUAAUGGUAAAAGUGGUCUACUACUGGAUAAAUGUGCUCAUUUUCUUAAAACUUUACAUUCAUUUCUUCUACAGGGUUAUUGGGUGAUGUAAACAUCAGAAGCGCAGCAUGUGGUGGCCUUCACAUGAUAGCCUGGUGGCAGCAUUGUCUGUGUCCUCUAUGCUUUGUUGGGAACUCUUCCAUAGCUUCACCUUCUUGAGCUAGUCUUGGCUGCUGUAGCUCCUCAUUGGCUACCUCCAAGUUAGUCUUUUGUAGGAAAUUCCACAUGGAUGUUGCCCACAGCAGCUGACUUUAGUCUAGAAAUGAGGAUGCACACUAUACUUUGGAAAUGGCCUCAACAACCAGACACUGGAACCUGGCUUGCUGCAGUUCAUGGGACGUCUUUGUAAAUCUAGAUCGGUUAGAGUGUGAUCUACGGAGCCCCUCUGAUGACAUGGUCCAAAAAAUAAAUAAAUUGUGGCCACAAAAUUCUACUUCGAGGGCACGAAAUAGGUAUAACAUGCGCACGAAAUGUUAAUUUGUGGGCACGAAACACUUGACCGAUAACCGUGAUCCUUCCCAGGCCCUUGCAGUUGGUUGACAAUAAAAUCUAUCCCGGCAUCCAGGUCAUACUUACGUCUUAAAGCAACUGGGCUCUCAAUAUCCUGUUUAAAUGUCUCUCCGUAAUAAUGGUUCCUUGCAUUGCCAGGCUUUUCAAAAUGCAUUUGUAGCUCAUUCCCAGCCUAAAAUAAAACUCAAUCAUACUGUCUCUGUCCAUGGUGUAUAGGUUUAGCCUACUCUUGUGAUUAUGUCUCUACGCAGCUGUCCAGGAAUUGUAUCAAUAUGAUGUGCGCACGUUAUCUAUUUCGUUGCCACAAAUGCGUAAUUCGUUGCCACGUUAUACCCAAUUCGUGCCCACAAAUUAGCAUUUCGUGCGCACGUUAUACCUAUUUCGUGCCCUCGAAAUAGUAUUUCGUGGCCACAAAUAAGUAUUUUGUGGGCACGUUAUACUAUUUCGAGGGCACGAAGUAGAAUUUUGUGGCCACAAUUUAUUUAUUUUUUGGACCAUGUCAUCAGAGGGGCUCCAUAGUGAUCCCUACUACCUCUUUAGCUUCUUUAUGAGGUCUGAAUUCUUGUCUGUCAGUCAGAAGCUUGAAGUCAGAAGUGGAGGUCAGUGGAAAACUAGCUUUGACCCUCUAGAAGUCUGUUUGCGGUGUCUGUGAGGACCUUAUCAUCCCAUCACCUGCGGCGCUUUUUGACAUCCAGUUAAGAUGUUGCUCAGGCUGCAUGAGCCUGGCUGACACCGCUUGCAGGAUGCAUCCUCUUCCUUGUCUCAGGCAAUAAAGCUGCUUGGGACUGGAAAGGGGUUAGUCACAGCACACAUAAGGAAGACCAGCAUGCCCUGCUCACAGCCCCAGAGCUCCUUCCAGGACCACAAUGGCUCUACUGCUUCAAACCCAUCCUCGUAUUGCAUUGGGAGGUAACUCCUACUGAUUCUAUGCGGCAGUCUUCUUCUUUUUAAACUCUCAGCAGCAUGAGUUGCCUCUUGACUUUGGCUUUGUUAGACCUCACCAAUGAUUUUCUAGCGUUUCAAAUAUUCUCUGCCUCCCUCACUGCUUGAAAUAGAAGUGAUUAUUAAAGGAUGGUUUCUUUCUCUUUGGUUUUUGGAGGUUAUUUCUGGUUUGAUAUACUUAAGUAGAAAUUUAGAACAUUUAGAAAUGAUCAAUAGCUAACACGAGCACAUUUACAGCAUUGGUGUAAAUGUCACUACGCUGUUUUUAUGUAAAUACUUUUGCUGCCAUGGUAAGAAAAAAGCACACCAGGCUGCACAGCUAAAAGACUGUAUCAGAAAGAGAAACACGAGCAGAAAAAGUCAGUAACCCUCUCAUUUGGAAAACAUCAUCGUUAAUAUUGAAUUUUCCGUGUUUUCAAGUGGUCAGUAUUUUAAAUGUCUUCCUGCCUCUUCCUGAAGAACUUGAAGCAUCUCAGUCUUCCAGUAACAAACAAACAGUUUGUGUGUGUGUGUGUGUGUGUGUGUGUGUGUGUGUGUGUGUGUGUGUGUGUGUGUGUGUGUGUGUGUGUGUGUGUGUGUGUUUUCUAUGCAGUAACUGAUCUCACAGCUCAGUAACUUACUUCAGUUCUUGUGUGUCAAAUCUGUGUUAAUGAUGGCUGUCUGACUCUUUUACAUCGAAUCAGCUGUUCUCAACUUCCUGUCCCAUGAUGUCAUCAGGGUGCAAUAUUGUACAGAUCAGAUGCUGCUUUUCUCAGCACUUAAGGUUUGGUAGACUUUAUAUUCGGAGGCCUGUAGUUGCAACACUGGUAUGAAUUAAACAGGGAUGCACUGUUUAAAUGGUAAGUGUGUUUGUGUUUGAGUGUGUGUGCAUUCUUGGAAUAAAUGUUGACUAUUUGCUUUCAACAAAAGAGCUCAUUUCCAUGAACACCAAUUUCAUGUAAACAGUGAAGUAAAUUAAAUGUUUAAAGGAGCAGUUCACCCAAACUACUACACACAGGGCUUCUUCUUUUUCUUUUUAAGCAUCUCAUAUAUUUGAGAUAACUACAAAACAUAGUUUGGUGUAGUGUUAUAUUUGUUAUUUGUCAAUUUUCGCCAAAUAUAUUUUAAAAGCGUAUUCAGGUUUUAAAGUGGGAAGGAAAAACUGGUGACGCACACGGUUCAGCUUCGAUACAUUUAGCCAGCCAUCUUCAUUCAAAUCCUUCACGGUUGACCUUGAAUGGAAAUGUUUGAAGUGCGUUAAAAUCAGCUUAGAGAUGAAUGUGAAAGAUGUGUCCCUUUAUAUUCCAGUCUUCCUGCUUUGGAGAACCCUUGUCGGCUUCUUUAUGUACAGAAUUUAUUCUCUGAGCUUCUUUUUUAACGAAAAUUGUUUAUUAUGAUGUGAAUAUGCAAAUUAUAUUAUGCAACAUUUCUGUUAUUUUAUUCCUGUAAAUUUUUUGUUUUCAUUAAAAACUGCUGUAUG